AUGAAAAAAUUAUAAUCAUAAGAGCAAUCUCGUAGUUAUGAAGUUGAAGGGAUUAUUUACAAAACUGAUUAUGAUCAGAAUAAAAAUCCAACAUUUACAAUAUAAAAAGGGAUUUUCUUGGUAAAUUUAGAAAAAAAAAAAUUUUUAUUAGAUGGGAGUGGUGUAGAAUAUUGUGGGAAGUCAGAAAUAAUUAAACACAAUGGUAUAUUUAAAAAAGGAAAAUUAUUAAAUGAAAAUAAGAUAAAUAACAAUGAAAAUCAAAUUUUGAAUAAAAAAUAACAUUAAAUAAUUAUUAUUGAUACAGAAACUGGAGAGUAGGUUAAUUAAAAAAGAAAUAUUAGAAAGCUAACAAAUUAGGUUUUAUAGAUAUGGUGCAAAUAUAAUUAGUAAAUAUCAAUUGAUGAUAUUGCUAUUUUAGACUACAAAAGAUGGAUGACUAGUUCUAUUAUUGAUAGCUAUGUUCUUCAUCUUAAUCUAGAAGGUGAAGAAAAUUAUUUUAAAUAAAAUUAAUAAGAGAGGAAUAAAAUUAAAAGAAUAUUAUUUUUACCAAGUAGUUUAACUACAAAUUUUGGUUAUAAAUAUGAUAAUAAAAAAGCAGAAAAAUUAAUAAAAUAAGAAUUACUUGAAUAUUCAUAAAUGAAUUUAGAGAUAACAAAAAUUUAUAAAAAAAUAGGAUUACCUAUCAAUGAAAGAAAUUAUCAUUGGUAUUUUUUGCUAUUUGAUGCUGAAUCAGAAACUGUUGAAAUUUUUGACUCUACAUCAAAGUAAAAUUAUUAAAAUAAAUCUAAUGAAUAAUUAAUAACAACUUUAAGGGUUAUUUUUAAGAUAAGCAUUAAAUAAAAGAAAAUUCACGAAGAAUCAGGUUAGUAACGAGAUGGCUACUCUUGCGGAUAUCAUAUUUGUAAUUUUAUGAAGUUUUGUUUUGAGAAAUAAUUUAAUAAAAAUAUUUCCUAUAAAUAUGAUGAAUCAAAAAUGAUUAGUAUUUUAAAAAAAAUUUUAGAACAAUGA